AUGUUUAAAUCCCUGACAAUAAAAUCCAACAAGGUGAAUCCUGGAGAAGAGAAUGAUGAGAAUAAACAAAGUCCUGAUCCAACCAAUCAUUCUCAACAAUCCACAAGACAGGAAGAAAAUAAAAGUGAAAAGAAAUCUCUCAAAAGCAAUCUGAAUCCAGACAAAUUUGAUGAGUCACACACCAAACAACAAGAUGAAAUCUCCAAGAAAAAUUCACUUAGAGAUCUGACCAAAAAUCCUGACCCUCAAGACCUAGUGGAAUCACCUGGGACAGUGUCAGAGCAAGAGCAAGUGGGAGCUGGAAAUGAAGGCCUUGUUAGUCCAAACAGCAAACCACUUGCAGCCCCUGUUAUAAAUGAGUAUGCUGAUACCCAGCUGCACAACCUAGUGAGAAGGAUGCGUCAAAGAACAGCGCUCUACAAGAGAAAGUUGACAGGAGGAGAUAUAUCCUCUCCUGAAGCCAGCCCCAACACUGCUAAAUCCAGAGCUAAAUCAUCAACACAAGUCAGUGAUGCUAAAGUAAAAGAAGAACAUUACUAUGGCAUGUUGUGUUGCAAGUUCCAGAAGCUGCCUUUAACAGAGUACCUAAAGAGAAUUAGACUUCAAAGAAGCAUAGACUCAUACACAGAUCGACUCUAUCUCCUGUGGCUUUUAUUUGUCACCAUUGCCUAUAACUGGAAUUGUUGGUUUAUACCAUUGCGCCUUGUCUUUCCCUAUCAAACACCAGACAACGCAUGCUACUGGCUUAUUAUAGACAUUGUCUGCGAUAUCAUCUACCUUUGUGACAUGCUAUUAGUCCAACCCAGACUCCAGUUUAUAAGAGGAGGAGACAUAAUCGUGGAUACAGAUGAGUUAAGAAGACACUACAGAAAUACUAUGAAAUUUCAGUUGGAUGUUGCCUCAGUACUGCCAUUUGAUGUUUUCUACCUUUUCUUUGGGUUGAAUCCAAUAUUCAGGACAAAUAGGAUAUUAAAGUACACUUCAUUUUUUGAAUUUAAUCAUCACAUAGAGGCUAUAAUGGACAGAGCAUACAUUUACAGAGUCAUUCGCACAACUGGAUACUUGCUGUUUACUCUACACAUUAAUGCCUGCUUUUAUUACUGGGCUUCAACCUAUGAAGGAAUUGGCACUACUAAAUGGGUAUAUAAUGGUGAAGGAAACAAGUAUCUGAGAUGUUAUUAUUGGGCCAUUCGAUCUUUAAUUACGAUUGGAGGCCUUCCAGAACCACAGACUUUAUUUGAAAUUAUUUUUCAACUGUUGAAUUUUUUUCUGGGAGUGUUUGUCUUCUCCAUCUUAAUUGGACAGAUGCGAGAUGUAAUUGGGGCAGCUACAUCCAAUCAGAGCAACUUCCGUGUCUGCAUGGAUCAUACCAUUGGCUACAUGAACACUUAUUCCAUUCCUAAGAGUGUGCAGAAUCGGGUUCGAAUUUGGUAUGAAUAUACAUGGGAAUCUCAAAGAAUGCUAGAUGAAUCUGAUCUGAUUGAGAACCUGCCAGCUACAAUGCAGUUAGCCCUCGCCAUUGACAGCAACUUCAGCAUCAUCAGCAAAGUCGGCUUAUUCAAGGGUUGUGAUACACAGAUGAUCUAUGAUAUGUUGCUAAGAUUGAAAUCCACUCUGUAUUUACCUGGUGACUUUGUCUGCAAAAAGGGAGAAAUUGGCAAGGAAAUGUAUAUCAUCAAGCAAGGAGAAGUCCAAGUUCUUGGAGGCUCUGAUGGUGCUCAAGUUCUGGUAACGCUAAAAGCUGGGGCAGUGUUUGGAGAAAUCAGCCUUCUAGCAGCAAGAGGAGGAAACCGCCGAACUGCCGAUGUCGUGGCCCAUGGGUUUGCCAAUCUUUUAACUUUGGACAAAAAUACCCUUCAGGAAAUUCUAGUGCAUUAUCCAGAUUCUGAAAAGCUUCUCAUGAAGAAAGCCAGAGAACUUCUAAAGAAAAAGUCUACAACAAAAGAGGCAACUACUCCAAGAAAAGGACUUGCCUUUCUCUUUCCACUAAAACAAGAGACACCCAAAAUGUUUAAAGCGCUCACAGGAGGUCCAGGAACAGCAAGUCUAGCAAAGCUGCUCAAAUUGAAGAGAGAACAAACAGUCCAGAAAAAAAGUGAGAACUCAGAAAGACGAGAGGGUAAAGGAAAAGAAUAUGACAAAAAAGGAAAAGAGCUGGCAGAGAACCCAGUGGAAAGAUACAAAUGCAGUUCAAGUUCUGUAACAGCAGAGGAAAUGCCUGGGGAAGUAGCUGUCUCACCCAGGGGAAGUAGCUGUCAGUCACUCAUCAUCAGUGUGGCUCCUUCGACUGAGAUGGGGGAAGAGGUGCUGACAAUUGAAGUCAAAGAAAAGACUAAGAAAUAA